AUGUCGCAGUCCAACGGUGUCACUCCUGCCGAAGCACAAGAAAAGCAGAAAUGGGUGAAGUCGCCCAUCGUCAUCAAGCCAGGAGCGAAGUUUGAACCUUCGGUCAGCUCGGCAGAGGUGUUGCACCCUGACAUUGACGAUGGAAGGCAAACCCCCGACCCAUCAGUUGAGAUCAGAAAUUGUGCGUUGUCAACUGCCAGAUUGAACUAUUCCUUAUGGCUGGAUGGAGUCCUGUAUAUCAACGGAAUGCAUAACAUGGAUACUUUCAUCGACCUUGAAAAGCAUCAUGGAACAUCGCUGAAAGAAGCGGGAGUGAAGAUAUGUGAAUGUUCAGGUUUUGUGGAUGGCGAUGGUUUCAACGUUUACGUCCCAACGGUCAAGUGGAUGUUUGUAGAAUUCUGUGAGCGCGUUAGGAUAAUUCUGGAUGAAGCCAUAGAUUUUGUUCAUAUUAUUCUUGGAAAACAGGCUUCUUCUAAGAUUUCCUUGCUGGGCACUGCCAACUGUACAAUAGUGUUGGAGAAGCAAGGUGUAGAUGUAAAGAUCGAGGCGAUAGCAUCCGAGUAUGUGAACAUCCUGCAAAUCGACUCGCGCAAGACGCAGAGCUCGAGCAACUCACAAGAUGUUGGAAUAACAAAAGCAAGCAGCAACGCGUAUCGCAUGGUGCAGAGUAUGCUGAAUAACAAGAUCUCCGAGUGUGAUUUGCUUCCUGACCAAAUUAUCACCAAGAUUAGUCAAGGGACUUUCAUGACUUCUUGCAGUUUUGAUGGUAUUUGGAUAGUUGAGGAGCGGAAUGAUAUGCUGCUUAUGGAAAAAUAUCCUCCAUACCUCCCCAUUGAAAAAGAGCAGAACGAGCGUGGAGAGGAGCUCAUUGGCGUCGGUCUUGGCCUCCGAGCUCAAGAGAGCAUGGAAUCAGGUUGGAGCCCUCGAGGGCAAGACUGGCAGACUUAUCCUCGCCCAGGCCCUUUUAUCGUUGGCGACAUCGUAGCUGAGAGUGCAGCAGCACGGGAAGGGACUAUCGAGGUCGGCGACGUCCUCGUUUCAAUCGACUCCAUCCUCGUCCUCCAUAUGUCGAUGCAGCAGGUCCUCGACCUGCUUCGCGGACCUCUCGGCUCAACCGUCGUGCUCGUUGUCCUCAAGCCCGAGUCGCAGCGGGAGCUUCGCGUGCAUCUUCAGAGGACAGGACUUCGUCACACCCAGUCAUCUCACGCAUCUGCUCCGGAGGUUGUCCGGAGCAACGACUUGCCAACCAGGGCGGAAGACGAGCGACUCUUUUACACGCGGUCGGAGAGCAGCAGGAGACCGACAGGAACUUUCGAGAAGUACAUCGACCUGACGACUCAGCUGGGCUUCUCCCUGCGGCUGGGGAUUGACGGGAUUUACUUUGUCGGAGGGAUCGCCGACGCCUCUCUCAUCCAAGGGGACCUGCAAGUUGGUGACAUCCUUCACUCCAUUGACGGCCUGCCUGUGACCUCGAGGCCUUUCAACGUCAUCAGCUCCUUGCUCGAGCCCAGCAAGCAGUCCAGGAAGAUUCUUGCCCUGCUGGGAUCGAGAAGGGAAAAGGCGAUGCUCUUCCACGGGCUGAAUGAGUUCUCCUCCUGGAAGGCUGUCAUCAUCGACCCAGUCCGCUGCGAGCGACGGAAGAAGUCGAGCGCAGACAUUCUCAUCGAUGUAGCAACAGAGGAGGAGUGUCAGAUUCACCUCUCCCUGCAUCCGAGCAGCUUCUCGCGGCCCAUCAACGACGACGAGCACAAGAAGAGUGUCCUGCACUCGAUGCUGAUCAACGAGGUCUCGAGGCUCCUGCAAUCUUCUGCCAUCCGUGUCUCUGUGCUGGAGCUUCUUCCCGAGGCAAGAACAGCAGCAGUUGAGCUGCGACAGCCGAUACAGGAGGGAGAGAGCCCGAUUGAGGUGGUAGCAGAGAGGCUGGUCACGGCGAUCAACACUCGUACCACCCCUCCCUACACCUCCUCCUCCCCUCCUCCUCCACCCGAAUUCUUUCUGAUCUCCUCGGCCUCCUUGAGAUUGCAAACAAAGAGGAGAAACUCGGCGAUUUCUCAACGAGGGGUUAUCACUCAGCAGAGCCCCAGCUUGGGGGAGAUAGGCAUGAAAGUGGCGGCUCUGAUCCACAAGGCAGAGGGUCGGGAGAUUCUGUCGGACGACCUGCAGGAGGUGAGCAAGUCGCUGUUGGGUGUUGGGCUCGUCCUCUACUGGGACGAGUUAUCUUCUCUUCCUCGCGUCGACGAUUUCUAUCCUACUGUCCCGCUGCUUGGCAAGGAGUUUCUGCAGGAGAACGACUUCAUCCUUGCUGUGGAUGGGAACAGCACGAGGGGGGAGGGGCUAGCGCGUGUGAUGAUGUGGAUUGCUGGGGAAGAGAGGCGGCGCGUGGAGUUGCAGGUGGUGCGAGGAGAGAGCUUCUGCUGCACGACGAGACGAGCGAGGAGGGAGUGGACGUUGGCUGUGAUGAGGGGAUCGGGAGAAGUCAUUGAAGUGAUGGAGGACAUCGCGGUGGAGGCCAAAGGGAACGACGUUGGGAUGAUGAAGGAAGAAACGAUGCGAGGCGAAGAGGAGGUGUCCUCGAAAAAAGUGAUGAUGAAUGGAGACUUUCACACUGCACCUGAGCGAGUGCUGGCGAAUGGAGGAGGGAAUGGAAGGGUCGAGAUUGAAGAAAUCAAAGGCGAAGGGGAAUACACGGAAGCAAGUGGUGGCGACGAUAAGCAGCAUGACGACAGCAGCAAGUUCGAGCAAGUGGGACCAGUGACCAUGACGAUCGAUGGACUUCAGGCCGAUGAAUUUAUCCAAGAAAUUCCCGAGGAUCCAAUUCUGCCAGAGAAUCCAGUCAAGCAGGAGAAGGAACAACCUGUCUUCAACCAUCCUCCCCCGGUUCUCAACAUCUACGUGCGGAGAUUGACGAUCCAAGUCCUGAGAGCCUCGGACAUCUACCACACUCAACUGCCCAAGAAAGUGGCCUGCAAGCUCAAGUUUGUCCACCCCCUCUACGAGCCGCACGAGCUGAAGAGCCUCGACGGGGUUCACGAAAACACAGAGAUUUACUUCACUUCCCGCCCGGUCGUCGUCGAUCUCGCCCAGUACAUGAUCGACCGCGUUCAGCUGCACGUGAGCUUGUGGGAGGAAUAUGCCCCGGGGAAGCAAGCCUGCGAGUUUCUCGGGGAAGUCUUCCUGGAUGUCUUUCGACUUGAUAAGAUAAACGACUCGAUCUUCGAGCACUUUCAGCUGCAGCAGGGAAACAACAAGACAACCAAGAAGAUCCAGGGAAAGGUUUUCAUCGGUCUGCAGUUUUCCCAAAAGACGUGA